CCGGAAGUCGGUUUCCUUCGUGAAGUCUCGGGUUUUUUCGCGCAGGUCUUCGGCAGUUCGCAGCUCAGGCGCUCAGCAGACGGUCAGCGGCUGGCUGAAGGGAGGCUGUGUUUCCACGGGGGUCGGGCUGGGAUUCGGACCGGUGACCCCCCCACCUCCCCGGUCGCUUCACCGGCCGUUCCGGUUCCAGGAGCUGACAGCCGCGAACCUUCUGGAGAAUAGGGAUUGGUGGCGAUCUGAGCUGAACAUUUUUGGAGCCCAUGGGUGAGACGGAGGAUGAGCGCACGGCUCGGGCCAGCCAGCUCUUUGAGAACUUUGUCCAGGCAUCCACCUGCAAAGGGACUCUGCAGGCCUUCAGCAUCCUGUGCCGACAGCUGGAGCUGGACCCUCUGGACUGCAGCAACUUUUACAGCUCCCUGAAGGCUGCAGUCAGCUCCUGGAAGGUCAAAGCCCUGUGGGCCAAACUGGACAAACGGGCCCAGCAGAAGGUCUACAACCAGAACAAAGCCUGCCAAGGCACCAGGUGUCUCAUCAUUGGGGGGGGUCCCUGCGGCCUGCGGACAGCCAUCGAGUUGGCCCUGCUGGGCUGCAAAGUGGUGGUCAUGGAGAAAAGAGACACCUUCUCCAGGAACAACGUCCUCCACCUCUGGCCCUACACCAUCCAUGACCUCAAGAGCCUCGGGGCCAAAAAGUUUUACGGCAAAUUCUGCGCGGGGUCUCUGGACCACAUCAGCAUCCGCCAGCUGCAGCUGAUGCUGCUCAAAGUCAGCCUGAUCCUGGGAGUGGAGAUCCACGUCAACGUGGAGUUCGUUAAGCUGCUGGAGCCACCAGAGGAGCAGAAUGAGGACGGUCCAGGGUGGCGAGCUGAGGUUCGGCCCGAAAACCAUCCUGUGUCCAACUUUGACUUUGACGUGGUGAUUGGAGCCGACGGACGCAAGAACACUCUAGAUGGUUUCCGCCGCAAAGAGUUUCGAGGGAAGUUGGCCAUCGCCAUUACAGCCAAUUUUGUCAACAGGAACACCACAGCAGAGGCCAAAGUGGAGGAAAUCAGCGGUGUGGCCUUCAUCUUCAAUCAGAAGUUCUUCCUGGACCUGAAAGAGGAGACAGGAAUCGACCUGGAGAAUAUUGUUUACUACAAAGACAACACCCACUACUUUGUAAUGACAGCCAAGAAGCAGAGCCUGCUGGACAAAGGCGUCAUCCUAAACGACUUCAUAGAGACGGAGCGGCUGCUGGGAGCCGACAAUGUCAGCCAGGAAGCGCUGUGCUCCUACGCCCGGGAAGCUGCCGACUUUGCCACCAACUAUGAGCUCCCGUCUUUGGACUUCGCCAUCAACCACUACAGGCAGCCUGACGUGGCCAUGUUUGACUUCACCUGCAUGUACGCCUCGGAGAACGCCGCCUUGAUCCGGGAGAAGCACGGCCACCAGCUGCUGGUGGCGCUGGUGGGGGACAGCCUCCUGGAGCCCUUCUGGCCCCUGGGAACGGGCUGUGCUCGGGGGUUCCUGGCUGCCUUCGAUGCUGCGUGGAUGGUGAGGGGGUGGGCGCACGGCAAGAGUCCUCUGGAGAUCCUGGCAGAGAGGGAAAGCAUUUACCGCCUGCUGCCUCAGACCACCACGGAGAACAUCAGUAAAAACUUUGAGCUGUACUCCAUAGACCCGUCAACGCGGUAUCCCAACCUGAACUCCAGCUGCGUGCGCCCUCAGCAGGUCCGGCACCUGUACAUUGGCGAUCACCAUGACAACGAUCGGCUGGAAAAAGGAGUGUCGGCUCGGAGAUCUGUCAACCUGUCCAGAAAAGAGUCCGAGGUGCGUCCCGGCCGCCUGCUGGCCUGGUGUCAGGAUCAGACCCGCGGAUACAGAGGGGUGGACGUCAAGGACCUCACGUCCUCCUGGAGGAACGGCCUGGCGCUCUGCGCUCUCAUCCACCAGCAGAGGCCUGACCUGAUAGACUACGACUCUCUGAAAGAGGAGGACGUGGCGGCAAACAACCAGCUGGCAUUCGACGUGGCUGAGCGAGAGUUCGGCAUCCAGCCGGUAACCACCGGGAGGGAGAUGGCUGCACAGGCUAACCCAGACAAGCUGCUGAUGGUUCUGUACCUGUCCAGGUUCUACGAGGCCUUCAGGAGCUCCCCAGGAAACGGUUCAAAAGAAGCGGAUGAGAACAUCAAAGAAAACUCUGACACCAACCACAGCCUGCCAGGACUUCUCCUGCUCAGGAAGAGGACUCCCAGGGAGGACAAACAUCAGGAGGAGGACUCCGUCCACAAGAGGAGGCGCAAAGGAAACGACUACCUCUCAGAGUUGUCCUGCCACAGUGCGCCGCCUGCUGGUGAGGACGCAGAGCUGCAGGAGAACAAUGUCCGCUCUUUGGCCACUCGGCUGCAGGCCAAGUUUGAGGAGAACUCCUCGAUGGGGACGGUGCGCACAAAGUCCAUCGAGGAUCCUCUCAGUCCUUCUCCUUCUUCCUCUGAGUCUUCCUCCCCAACAUUUCCUCUGUCAGAUGAAGAAGAGGAGGAGGAGGAGGAGGGUGAGAAUCCCCGCUUUGCUAAGCCCAAAGACCCCCCUGCUCCUCCUCCUUUGGCUCCUCCUCCUCCUAAAUGGCAGCCUUCUGUCUACCUUCGCUUACUGGAGAAUCCUCCUGCGGCCCCUCCCUCUGGGAGUGGCUGCAGCCGCUCUCCGUCGCCCUCUGAGGGCCCCCCCACAGCAAGCUGCUUCUCUGACUCCUCAGCGAGUCCUUUCUGUGUUUCUGCCUCGAGUCCUGAUCCCGCCUCGGAGCAGCAGGGGACAAACAGCAGACCAUCGACCAGAGAGUUUUCUAAGAGGAGCAUAGAGGAGCGGGCGGCGCUGCUCUCCUCCAUGUUUGGUGCUCCUGUGAGCGGCUGGCAGGUCAAAUCCUCUUCCUCUGCUUCUUCAUCUCCUCCUCCUCCUCCUGCUGCUCCUCGGUCUGCCUCUGAGACUUUUCCCGUGGUCCACCCUGUCCCUGACCCCACUGCCCAGGCUGCUUUUGCUCUCGACCCGCCGGCAGAUAAAAGCAGAGACCCGACCCCCUCCUCCUCCUCCCCGCCGUCCAGGAAAAAGUCCUCCCCUCACGCUGCUCCUGUUUGUUCGCCCAGCACUGAUGAGGCUCUGAAGAUCUCUGACCUUCAGAGAACAAAUGAGCAGGAGGAGGAUCAGAGCGCCCCCUGGGGGGGUUCGGACCACAGGAACUUAGCUGAAAAUGACCACAUGGAGACCGUAGAGAUGAAAAUAAACACACAAACACAACUGGUUCAGGGCACAGGCGGCUGUGACGCUGAGCUCAGCAGAAGAAACGCUCUGAAGUUCCGCUCCAACAGCUGUCCCACCGGAGCUCCCAGCUACAGUAAGGAGCGGACAGUUGGGAAAGUUUCUUCAUCCAUUAAUGCCAAAGCUCAGAUUCUGGCCAUCCUGUAUGAGACCGACCACAGACCCAACGCCCCGCCGUGCGUGAAGCGCCGGGACGGCCCCCCCGGGCUCGGCGGCAGCGACAUCUGCCACUUCUGCGCCAAGCGGGUGUACGUGAUGGAGAGGCUCAGCGCCGAGGGCUUCUUCUUCCACCGAGAGUGUUUCCGUUGUGACGUCUGCCGCUGCGUGCUCCGUCUGGGAGGACACACCUUCGACUCUCAGGGGGCUAAAUUCUACUGUCGGAUCCAUUCAGCUCAGCGUCAGUCCAGCAUCCAGCCGGGCAGGUCCAGGAGGAGGCCGGAGGACCAAGGUCACGCCAAGCCCUCGCCGCUGGACGGUGGGAUCUGCUCUCCUACAGGCAGCGGUCAGAUGCGCCCCCCAGGAGAGGCAGAGCGUCACAGAGGAGAUCCAGGUGACGCUGAGAUGGCUGUUGAAGCUCUGGAGGCGUCCUGCAUCAUCACGCCUUCAGAGGAGGAGAGUAGCAAAGGUCAAAGCAGCAGUAAGAACCACCUGAAACGGAAGAUCCGCUUCUCCUUCCCCCUGGUCUUCAAGUCCUUUCAGAGAUCCAGACCCGAGACCGUUCCUGAAGUCGACUCGGACGCCGAGGAAAACUGCUCCUCUGGAAAACCAGCGUCUUCCCAGUGCGGCUCGCACAGCUCCCAGAAAGAGAGGAGUGAGGACUCCUCCGCUGCAGGGAAAGCUGUGUGCAGCCCAUCUAAGAAGAGGCUGGUUCUGUCCAGUGUGAAGAGGGAGGAGUUUUUGAGGUGGGAGGACCCCAUCACUCCAAGCUCCCCUCAGGAGGAAAAGAAGGAGCAGGUGCGAGCAGACGUAGAUGAGCUCCAAGCAAACAGAUCGCAGAGCCGAGCGCCUUCCCAGUCAGCCUUCCAGGCUUUAGCCAAUGCCUUCAGGAGGACGUUUAGAAGGAGUUCCAGCACCACCGUCGUAAUGAGGCCUAAGCGUGACGGCGUCCGCAAACACAGGCCUGCGUCUGACGGAGCGUUCACCUUCAGCUCGCUCUUCUGCGUCCCCGAGUCGACAGUAGACGGGAAGCGGCUCAGCUGUCAUAACGCCCAGUGGGCCUCUGUGGAUGCAGAUCCCUGGGGCGCUGGGCAGGACCUGCCCUCCUUGUUGCAGAAGGUGGCCAUUAAGGACCGCAGAGCCUCUGAAGGGGCAUUUGGGGACUCCAGGUCAGGCCCCCGCAAGAGGGUGGACCUGUUCUCAUCGCUGAGGCUGAGAAGGAAGGGGAACAGCGAGGAGACGGAGCAGGAAGCUCAACAUGACAUCCAGACCAUCCUCUCAAACUUCAGAAACAAAGCCUCCAGCCAGCAGAAUCUGGAUGAGCUCUCCUCCAGUGAAGAUGAAAAUGAAAACAUGACAUCCAAUCACAUGCUGCCUCCAGAGAAGAUGCAGAAGAAGCAGGAGAGGGUUGCAGCCCUGCAGGCGAAACGAGAGGAGCUGAAGAGACUUCACCGAGCUCAGGUGAUCCAGAGACAGCUGGAGGAGGUUGGAGAGAAGCACCGCGAGAUCGAGGAGCGAGGAGUGAAGAUAGAGAAGAUCAUCAGAGGAGAAACGGACUCGGCUGAAGCAGAGGACAGCGAUGAGGCCCAGCUCUAUCAGUCCUGGUUCAAGCUUGUUCUGGAGAAGAACCGGCUGGCUCGCUACGAGUCUGAACUCAUGAUCUUCGCUCAAGAGCUCCAACUGGAGGACACUCAGAGCCGACUGCAGCAGGAGCUUCGACACAGAAUGGCCGUGGAGGACACAAACAAGAGCGCCUCUGAGCUGCAGGAGGAGCAAGAGAUCCUGGCUCAGAUCAUGAGCACGGUGGAGAAGCGGGACACUCUGGUCUCCAUCCUGGAGGAGCAGAGACUGAAGGAGCGGGCUGAAGACAAAGACCUGGAGAGCCUGGUGCUGUCCAAAGGCUACGAGUUUCACUGGGCUCAGGGAAAUGACAGCUGGGGGCGGGAAAAGCAGGAGCUGUAUGCACACUACACCUGAUCACCCUCCUGUCCCACACUGGAAUGUCUCUCUUCACUGCUGAGCACUUCAAACUUCUCUAGUCUGUGUGAAUCAUUCCCAAACGAUCUACAAGUUAUUGCUUCUUUUCCUGGGCGUACUUUCACACUCCUCACAUUCAUUUUCUCCUCAGACUAAAGUCCUCUGAUUCUUCAUACAUGCGUCUAUUCUUAUGAUUUUAACUCGCUGAAGAUCUUCCUGUUCACCUGCUGUGUUGGUCUUCACGUGUUUUUACUCCAAGGAAAGUCCUCACACUGCACACCUUGUUUGCUUUUAUGUAUUUAAUCAUUAAUAUUAUUGGAUGUGAGUUUAAAAAUGUAGCGUUGUUUAUACAUCAGUGUUUUAAAACGGAAAAAGAAUGCUGUGAGAUGUGUAUCCUAUCACUGCAAACUGCUGUUUUGAUGAUUUAAAAUAUAAAGGAAUCUUAAAUAAAAAUAAAUUUAUAUUUUUAAAUCUU